GUCGCUAUGGAAACGGCGUAGCCACAGCUCGUCUGUUGACUCUCUGCGUUAUCUGAGCUAACAGUGGCUAACAUUAGCUGUGAGUAAAUUGAGCUGAAGUCGCACUCUCCUCCUCCAUCGAGCACAGACCCCGAGGAAACCUGCUUCAGGACCGUCCAGCUCGUGUCCCAGCAGAGUCUUAUGAGGUCAGGAUGUCCAGUGAUCUCGCUGGUGUGUGGGAGGUGGCGCUGAGCGACGGGGUCCACAGGAUAGAGUUCGAACAUGGCACGACCACCGGGAAGAGGGUCAUCUACGUUGAUGGACAGGAGAUCCUGAGACGGGACUGGAUGUUCAAGCUGGUGGGCAAGGAGACGUUCAGCGUGGGAAAAUCAGACACCAAAGCCACCAUCAACAUCGAUGCGGUCAGCGGGUUCGCCUACGAGUACACCCUGGAGAUCAACGGCAAGAGCUUGAAGAAGUACAUGGAGAACAGGUCAAAGGUCACCAGCACCUGGGUGCUCAACCUGGAUGGCACUGACUGCAGGGUGGUCCUGGAGAAAGACACUAUGGACGUUUGGUGCAAUGGACAAAAUAUUGAAACUGCAGGCGAGUUUGUGGACGAUGGCACGGAGACGCAUUUCACACUCGGGGACCACAACUGCUGUGUGAAGGCCGUGAGCAGCGGCAAGAGAAGAGACGGGAUCAUUCACACGCUGCUCGUGGACGGCACAGAGAUAGCGGAGUGCACGGAGUGACAGUGUGUGCGUCUACGUUUUGGGGCGAAGGCCAGGUCCGGUUUGUAUGUGUGACAAUGGGGGGGGGGGCAUGAGGAUUGUCACUUAAAGCUGUUGGAGUCGGGGACCAGCGGACAGACGUAUGUGCUCCUAUGUUUUGAUGACCGCGAUGUGGAGGGUAUUUUAGCCAUAUUGGUAGGAUGCUAAUAAUCUGGUGACAGACAGGGCAGUGUGUGGGCAGAUUUAGAAGAUGCAGCCAUUUCAAUCACAAAAAGGGAUUUACUGUCUCAGAAAGGUAACCUCACACAGAAAAACGUUUUAGAGAAGUAAACUGGUACUUUAUAUUCAUAUCAAUACUACCAAUUUAGUAAUAUCAAUAGUGGAGGCCAGAUGUGCCAUAUUUAUCUCACUGAAGUUUUCCUCUGGUCGUUUACAGAUGUACUGUUCCAGUUGUCAUUUUGUAGGAAACACACACAAACACCAAAUAACCUGAGCCGGUGAACCCCAGACUCCACCGGGGGCCUGUACUACGAAGCAGGAUUUGCAAGAUAACUGAGUUUUCAGUACUACAAAGCUGGUUCACUUCUAAACAGGGUAUAUCACCAUGAUAACAUAUGCGGAACCACUCAAAUGCUCCGGAGCUGUCAAGUUCAAGAUAAGAGAUCAAAACCUGAAAGUACUGGCCACUCAGAUCCCUGGAAAGCUAGAAUUACUGCCCUGAGGUUGAGGCCACCGAGGCCUCGACCUUUGGCCACCAAAUUCGAAUCUGUUAAUCCGAGUCCAAGUGAACAUGUGUGCCAAAUUUGAAAGAAUCCCCUUGAGGUGUUCCUGAGAUAUUACAUUCACAAGGCAAAAUGUGCUGUGUGAGGAGUGAGUUGUGCCAGACGUAAUGAAAUGUCCUACGGGCAGUCCUGACAUAUCACAUUCACAGCGACCUGACUUUGAACCGUGACCUCCAGGCACCAAAAUGUAAUUCGUUCAUUUUUGAGUCCAAGUGAAUGUUUGUACCAAAUUUGCAGACAUUCCCUUGAGGCUUUCUUGAGAUAUAGCACAGACGGACGGACAGACAACCCAAAAACAUCGUGCCUCCGGCCGCUGGCUGUCGCCGGCAUGGAAGCGUAGUCAUCGCUCUACAGUGUCCUGACAGGGUCAGUAGACUUCUUAAAAGAUGACUGAAAAGGUUUCUCUGUUCCAGACUUUCCAUGUGUGUGGUUUUAAAACACAAUAUGAAUGAAUCAAACUAUUAUAGCUUCAUUUUAAUUUAACAUAACAUAAUUCCUGCCGGUGUCAGAUCAGAAAACACAAGGGGAAAUAAAAACUAAAGAUUUAAAAUGAUCCAGACAUUGCUCAUUAUUUUUCAUGAUGAGAAAUGAACAUUUGAGUCGGACUGAGCUCAUCUCACAUUAACCACUUCUCUGCUCUCCUCUUUGGAAGCAGAGACAUUCUGACAUCACAUCUUCAUAAUAACCUUAAUAAAAUCACUUUGCUUAAUUUCUCUUUAUCUUUGGAUAAAGUCAUUUCAAUCUUGAAAGUAUAUCUACAGUUUCCUUUCUUUUGCAGUCAUGAGCACAUCAUUUACAUUUCACUUAGUUGAUGCAGCUGUAACCGAUUCUACCAACAGAUAACCAGUGUUUCCUCUCGUAUCACAUUAAGUCCUUCAUUCAUGUCUCUGACAGUGUCACUCAUAAUUAACGACUCUGCCUCUGUGACAGGAACUCGCUUGUAGCCGGAUAAGUAAACUCAGGCUUAACUGAGACCGUUGAUAACCAGCGUCAUAGUACAGGAUAUCAGGAUGAUGUUAGCUUAAAUUAAGCUGGAUAACAAAAACACAUCCUGGGUAUGUUGACCUCACCUCGUACUACAGGCCCCUGUUGUCUUUUGUUGGAAACACAUAGACACAAACAAUAAACCUCAUCCUGCUCUCACUGUGCUUCAUGCCCACUUUUCUUGUAUUUUUUCAUUGAUGCACAGUAGGGUUAAGUAUCAGUGGACAAGAAUAUUUCUUGAAUGUAGCGUCAUUCCAGUGUGCACAGCCCAGGAGUGAUAUUUUGUUUCAUUCUAUGUUGAGCUGUUCAAUGGUCUCUGUUCGUUUGGUUCAGCCAAGUGAUGUUUUGCAGUAGUGUGUAAUUUAAUGGCUGUAUUAGUGUCAAAAGACAAUCAGUCCGACGUUGCAUUAUUGGCAGAAUUAUAAACAUUACAUUCUUAGAGAUGUGUGGAAUUCUGCGGUCAAAUCAUUUGUCUCUUUGUUAAUGUAAAGGCCAAAUGUUGUGUUAGACAGAGGUUGAACUCAACCUUUAGGCUUCAAAUUAAGGUUUGACCUUUUUACAGUGUAUGUUAAAUGUUUGUUUUAUUAUUUAAAUUGCACUUAAUUUGUUGUUUACUUAUAUGUUCUGUCUACUUAUACGUUUACACCGGGGGAUCAGAGAGAUUCGGCAGUUCAAUCCUGUCUAUGUCCUGUACAUAUGGCAGAAUUGACAAAGUUGACUUUGACACGUCACCAGCUCAAAGCUCCAGUAAGAGACAAAUGGAUCGUUCAUUUAUUUUUGCGUCAAACCAUUUCCAAAGUCAGAGGUGGGCUUUCAUGCUCGACACUGAUUUCUGGUACUGUGUCAUUCAGAAUAUGAGAGUUAAUUUCAUGUCUUUUAUAUGUCCUGUAUAAAGGCUUUAUGUUAAUGUGUGUAUUCCACUUUUAUUUACAGUUCCGCUACAUGUUUGUAAAAUGUAAAUUGUGUUUAAAUUCAUAUCCGUACAGCUGAGUAGGUGGUUGGCCUUGAUGAAAUGACCCUUUAAUAAAAAUGUACAUUAUUGGUAAACUAUA